AUGUCCACCGCGGUGCAAAGACCACCAAUUACAAUUUAUUCCCACGAGGGGAAUAAAACAGAAAUAAAACAUCCUCUUCCAGCCGUGUUCAGUGCUCCUAUUCGUCCUGAUAUUGUGAACGCGGUUCACACAAGCGUCGCAAAGAACAAGCGUCAGCCUUAUGCGGUAUCAAAGAAAGCAGGACAUCAGACUUCCGCCGAGUCUUGGGGAACAGGUCGUGCGGUUGCUCGAAUUCCUCGUGUUUCGGGCGGUGGUACUCAUCGUGCUGGUCAGGGUGCUUUUGGUAACAUGUGCCGAGGUGGUCGCAUGUUUGCUCCAACUAAAAUUUGGCGUAAAUGGCACGUCAAAACAAACCUAAAUCAAAAACGUUACGCCACCGCAUCCGCAUUAGCAGCAUCAUCAGUCCCGCCACUAGUCCUAGCACGUGGUCACAGAAUCGAAGAAAUUGCUGAAGUCCCAUUAGUAGUUGCCAACGACAUCGAAUCCUUAACAAAAACCAAAAAUGCUGUGACUCUCUUAAAAGCCGUAAACGCAUACCGAGACGUUGUAAAAGUCUCAAAUUCGCGUAAACUGCGUGCCGGUAAAGGAAAAAUGCGAAAUCGUCGACAUCGUCAACGUCGUGGUCCCCUUAUUGUGUUCAAUGAAGAUCAUGGUGUGGUGAAAGCGUUCCGUAAUAUCCCCGGCGUGGAGUUGGUUAAUGUUCGGCAUUUGAAUUUACUUUUGUUGGCGCCAGGUGGACAUUUGGGUCGGUUUAUUAUUUGGUCGCAUGGCGCUUUUGCAUUGUUGGAUGAGUUAUAUGGAACUUAUCAGAAACCUGCUUCACUCAAGAAAGAUUAUCGUCUGCCAUCUCAUAUCAUUUCCAACAGUGAUGUCACGCGCAUCAUUAAUUCCUCACAAAUUCAGUCUGUACUUCGAGCGGCUGGCGAGAAGCACCAAAAACGACCAUACACACAGAAGAAGAAUCCAUUACGAAACAAUGGCGUGCUCAUUCGACUUAAUCCGUACGCGAAGGUGUUACGUCGUGCUGAAAUUCUGGCUGCUGAGAAACGUGCUAAAAACAAAGUCACGAAGAAACGGAAGUUCAAGCUCACGACCAAAGCCUCUAAGAAGUUCCUCGAAAUUUUGAAGAGCGAUGUAUGA